AUGACCGGUGAUUUUGAAGUAGCUUUUUUUUUCCUUCUUUCUUCGUUAUUUUGGGAAAGAAGAAUAUUGUCUGGCGCACGUUCUCUGCUAGGAUUUCCGUCUAUUAACAAGUACGUGUCUGCCUGUUAUCUUCUCUCAAGCGUCCACCGGCUCCUCAAAGGUGUUUGUCUUUUUUUAGGUCGUCUCUCUGUUACCAGAAAUCAAAACCGUUUCUCUCUUUCUAGCUUGUGCCUGCCCUCUGAUCCACCAAAUGUGCCUCUUUCGCUUUAUCUAGCUCGUCUGUCUCCUACCAUCCCUCGGAAUUCUCCCUCUCUCUAUUUUCUCUCUCUCUCUCUCUCUCUCUCUUUGUCUCUUUCUUUUUAUCUCUCUUUCAUUCUCUCUUUCUUCUUUCUCUCUUCUCUCUUUCACUCUCUCUCUUUCUUUCUCUCUUUCUCGAAUCUGCCCUGCCACCUCUCACAUUGUCGGUUCAUUCAACUUCUCUCCUCUUCGGGUGUCGCUUCUUUCUACUGCACUCCUCUCCGGGUGUCGCUUCUUUCUACUGCACUCCUCUCCGGGUGUCGCUUCUUUCUACUGCACUCCUCUCCGGGUGUCGCUUCUUUCUACUGUACUCCUCUCCGGGUGUCGCUUCUUUCUACUGCUGUCCUCUCCGGGUGUCGGUUCAUUCUGCUACACUCCUCUCUGGGUGUCGCUUCUUUCUACUGCACUCCUCUCCGGGUGUCGCUUCUUUCUACUGCACUCCUCUCCGGGUGUCGCUUCUUUCUGCUGCUGUCCUCUCCAGGUGUCGGUUCUUUCUACUGCACUCCUCUCCGGUUAACGGUUCUUUCUACUGCUCUCUUCUCUGGGUGCCGGUUCUUUCUACUGCCCUCUUCUCCGAUUGUUGGUUCUUUCUACUGCCUUCCUUUCCGGCUGUCGGUUCUUUCGACUGCCCUCCUCUCCUGGUGUCGCUUCUUUCGACUGCAGUCCUCUCCGGGUGUCGCUUCUUUCAACUGCCCUGCUCUCCGGGUGUCAGUUCUUUCGACUGCCCUCCUCUCCGGGUGUCGGUUCUUUCGACUGCCCUCCUCUACGGUUAACGGUUCUUUCUACAGCCCUCUUCUCCGGGUGUCGCUUCUUUCGACUACAAUCCUCUCCGGGUGUCGCUUCUUUCGACUGCAAUCCUCUCCGGGUGUCGGUUCUUUCUACUGCUCUCGUCUCCGGUUGUCGCUUCUUUCGACUGAUUACUUGUUUCUGUUCACCUUUAUUGCUCCCUCUUCCUCGCCUUUUUCAUGCUCUCUCUUCCUCUCCUUUUUUCUUUCUUUUCCUCUCCUUUUUUCAAGGUUUUCCUUUUGCUAUUUCUGUAUUCUUAUUUUCCUUCGCCUCUCUUUUUCCCCUCCCCUUGAACCCUCUCCGUUUUUAUUAUCUUUCAUUUGUCUAGCCUCUCCUUUUUUCUUUUUUUCCUCGUUUUUUGUGGUGUUACUGAUUUGUUUGUUUUCCCUGACAUCCAUUGCUCUUUUCUUGCACCUUGCCCGUGCACAGUUUAUUCUCUCUUUUGAUCUCUCUCUCUCUCUCUCUCUCUCUCUCUCUCUCUGCACACUAUGCACGCUCUUUCUCUUUUGUUAA